AUGCCGGCGCCCAACCCGACGCCGCCCAGCCGCCUCGCCUCCUCCCCGACGUGCUCCACCGACCUCGACGCCGCUGGACCACAUCACCGGAGCCCCGCGCCGCCACGACUCCGUCGUCGCACAUCCGGCCAUGAGGCCCCGCCUUCCUCCGCUCCCCCUGCUCACCGCGCACAUGCCCCGCUCGCGCCCGCGGUCACCGUGUCCACGGCUGCGCUCCGUCCGUGCCCCGCACGCCCUAACCUCCUCCCCGCGCGGCCCGACGGUGCUCGCCGCCGCCCGCGACUGCGUCCACUCCGCCCCGCCCCCAACCUCGUCGUGCCGAGUCAGGCCCGCGCCCACCGCUCCCCUGUGGCAUGCCCCGCCUCGUCCCUCGUCAUCGUCUCGCUGGGGCCUCGUCUCUGUCGCCUCGCACGAGGCCGCAGCGUGCCUGCUGCUGCCUUCGACGACCCGCUGCUGCCAUCGCUCUCCCUCUGCCAUGCAGCCCUCCUGCUGCCCCGUGUGCACCCUGCGCGCCCGCAACUGCGCCCCUCCGCGCCGGCUUCCUUCGCCGGAGACGGCCGGCCGGCGAGCCCCGCCGAGGCCGCCGUCGCGCUCUAG